AAGAUAAGUAUAUGGUGUGAUUAAUCGAUCCUUUGACAUUGAUUCAUCGAACAUCAUUCAAAAAAACGUCAUUCAUUCUUAGGGGCGGGGUAACUGAGCGGUUCGCACGAGUUCGUAGGAUGUGCGUCUCGGAGGGGGAGUUGAAUUUCCUGAGGUUAUUCCAGCAAGUGAUUUUCGGACUCCGCAACGAUGCAACGGUACGAUUUACUGAUCCAGGAGAUCGAGAGCAUUGACGAUUACUUAGGUCCGACGUUUCGAGCAAUUUAUGAUGGCCACGAGCAUCAGAAGUUCAUGGAGAAGCUGGAUGAUCGUAUCAAGGCUCAUGACAAGGACAUUGAAAGGAUGUGCAAUCAUCAUUAUCAAGGAUUUAUUGAUUCUAUCCGGGAACUCUUACAAGUUCGCUCUCAAGCGCAGCAACUUAAUGCAGAUAUAUUGGAACUUGAUAAACGUAUCACUGCUACAUCUACUAAAGUGAUCGAUAAGGGUGAAGAACUGGUUAAAGCUCGCAAAGUGGAGAGUAACAUGGCUGCUGCUGUAGACAGUCUGACAAUGUGCCUUCCUGUCUUAGCUGCAUAUGCAAAGUUACAGAAGCAGUUGAAGGAUAAACGUUAUUAUCCAGCACUGAAAACAUUGGAACAAUUAGAGCAUCAUGAUCUUCCAAAAGUCACGAAUUAUAGGUUUUCCUCUCAAAUCACUCAACAAAUUCCACAAUUGCGAGAGAAUAUAAAGGAUGCAUCUAUGUCCGACUUGCGAGAUUUUCUAGAAAACAUCAGAAAGCAUUCGCCAAAGAUUGGAGAAGUUGCAAUGAGGCAUACCGCCGAACAGUUGGCUACCGAGGCGGAAAUUAUUGGGAGGAAGAAGAGAAGAUCUCACGCAAACAACUCGUCCACGAACGAGGGCGAAGAAGAACUGAGCGCUCAAGAUUUGAUGGACUUUAGUCCGGUGUAUCGAUGCAUGCAUAUCUAUACUGUGCUGCGCGAAGGAGAUACUUUCAAAACUUACUACAGACAACAAAGGAAGCAGCAAGCUAGAUUAGUUCUACAGCCACCUAUUAACAUGCACGAAAGUAUAGUCGGAUAUCAGACUUAUCUGCACGGUAUCAUCGGCUUCUUUGUGGUAGAAGAUCAUAUAUUAAAUACUGGUAACGGAUUGGCCACACGCGCCUACUUGGAUGAGCUUUGGUCAAUGUCGUUGUCCACUAUAGUCAACGCUUUACGGACACACUCAGCAUAUUGCACAGACGCCAUGCUCAUAUUGAAAAUCAAGAAUCUCAUCAUGCUGUUCAAUACUACCCUUAGGAAUUAUGGCUACUCCGUAGGACAACUUUGGGACUUGCUACAAGAGAUUAGAGUGCAUUAUAACGAAGUGCUGAUGCAGCACUGGGUUCAAGUAUUCAGAGACAUUUUGGACGAAGACAGCUUCUUGCCAAUUCAGGUUACAACGCAAGCCGAAUAUGACGACGUUCUUAAUUUAUUUCCUUAUCACGACGAGGAACUGCAAAGGGCUGAAUUUCCUAAAAAGUUUCCAUUCUCGGAUAUGGUUCCCAAAGUUUACCAACAAGUGAAAGAGUUUAUUUACGCUUGUUUAAAGUUCUCGGAAGACUUGAACUUUACGCAAACAGAAAUCGACGAGAUGAUAUGCAAGUCGACGAAUCUGUUGCUAACGAGAACUUUCAGCGGAUGCCUGUCGUCAUUAUUCCGGAAGCCGUCUUUAGCGCUUUUGCAAGUCGUUCAAAUCAUCAUCAACACGGGUUACCUCGAGAAAUCCACAAAGUACUUGGAGGAAUUCCUGACUAACAUCACUGGCACGCCACACAAGGGACAAUUAAGUUGCGUGGGUGUGGAAUCCGCCAUGUUUCGAGUCGCACGGGACGACGCUGAGAAACAGAUUUGCGACAAGUUGAAGAACAAGUUGGACGAAUUCUUAGAAUUAGAAAAUUAUGAUUGGAAUCUGGCGGAACCUCAAGGUCACGCCUCGGGAUUCAUCACGGAUCUAAUAGCGUUCUUGCAGAGCACCUUCACUUGCUUCACUAAUCUACCGGACGAGGUGGCUCAAGUAGCGUGCAAGUCCGCCUGUUCUCAUAUCGCUAAAGCCAUAUUAGGGAUAUUGAUUAGCGAAGAUGUGAAACAGAUAUCUAUGGGUGCAUUGCAGCAAGUCAAUUUAGACACUAUACAGUGUGAACAAUUUGCUGCUUCCGAGCCAGUCGUUGGUCUGCCGGAAGGGACGUUAUUGCAAUACUUCUCGCAAUUGAGACAAUUGUUAGAUUUAUUCAUGAGUUGGGACUGGCCUACUUACUUUCACGAUUAUGGUCAUGAUUCCAGUAAAUACAAUCUAGUAACUCCGAAUAUGGCUGUACUUCUAUUAGAAAAAUUGAAAGAAUCAGAUAAGAAAACAGUGUUUUCUGUGUUGAAGAAAAGCGAGAGAGAUAAGAAAAAGUUGCUUGAAACCGUAUUAAAGCAGCUGCGUCAACUAGCGCAGACAACUCAACAGUAGUGGAAACUAUGGAAAUUACUGAUGUAAUUAUGUAAAUAUACAUAUAAUUUUGUAAAUGAAUAUUAUAAAAAAUUGAGUCUUAA